ACCAAGACCAGAUUAAGAUUUUUAUAUAAGAAUAUUAUUAGAAAAUAUAAUUAAUAAAUGUUGAAGGUGAGAUAUAACAGAUAUGGUAAGGCACACAAUAUUUAACUUCAUUCUUCUCAAUGUUAACUUGGAUUUAUCAAAAUAAUAUGUUAAUUGAUUGGACAUUGAAUGAGGACAGAAGAUAUCUGUUUUUCCCCUGUUACCCAGUCUGAGUGCAUGUUUCAUUUUAGAGUUCUAGAGAAAAUAUUUUUGAAUGUGUUGAGAUUCAAUAAUUCAGUUCGGCAGGUGAGGAGAUCUUUCUCUUGGCUGAUCUCAAGAACAAAUUCUUGACCCUCUUUACCUCCAGACAGAAACAAAUCCGAGACCAUUCAUUUGCAGUCUUGAGGCCGGACUUGAGUACUACAACAUUAGUGCCAGCCGACUCCCUUUUCCCUCCCUUGACUCUCUCUUCCUCCCCCUUGGCCAGACUCAAAUCCCAGGCGAGCCCCCUCUGAGCCACCCCGUUUCCAGUUGAAUUGCCCUCAUUCUUCUCAGGAACCUCCAGGGGGCCGGCUCCAGCAGUGCAUGGCAAUGAGACGCCUGAACACUCGCCUCCGCUCCCUCUCGACUCACGCUCACACCUGGGAUCACCAUUUCAUUCCACAGCCCCGGUGAAAUGGAAAGACUCCAUCAAUAACAGGAUGUUAAUGCUUGACGGAAUGCCUGCAGUCCGAGUCAAAGCAGAGCCGCUGGAAUCUGAAAGAGGGUCCCCUAGAGUACACAGUUACCCUGAUAUGGAGGCCGUGCCCCUCUUCCUGAGCAAAGUGAAGGCAGAGCCACCAGAAGACCUCCUCUCUUCUGAGCAGUUCCAAACCCAGACUGAGCCUGUAGAUCUGUCAAUCAACAAGGCUCGGCCAUCACCCCCUUCUGCUACCGGCUCUCCCAUCACCUCGGCCUUCUCUCCUUCAUCCUCCUCUUCAUCGUCCUCAUCCUCGCCCUCUGUCAUCGCCUCCGUCUCUUCGGGCAUGCCGUCGGUGUUGACACCAGGGCCUCUGGUAGGCUCUCCCCCAGGAGUCCGAGGCCAGCCAUUUUUGCAUAUCAUCCACCCGGUGCCGCCCUCAAGCCCCAGCAAACUGGCCAGCCAGGUGCAUCGCAUCCCGGUGGUGGUGCAGUCACUGCCGCUCAUGUACACUACAGCAGUGCGCUCGCCCUCAAACCACCUCAACUCCACCAUCAUGUUACCGCUUGUGGACGAGGCCAAGGGCAAAGCGCAAACAGACCCCAACGGCUUGUCGCCAAGACAAAUCAAAAGUGACAGUGAUGAUGACGACCUGCCAAAUGUAACCUUGGACAGUGUUAAUGAAACAGGAUCCACCGCGCUGUCUAUAGCACGAGCAGUGCAGGAUUCCAUGUCACCAUUCAGUAUUGAGAGCAUGCGGCGCCCACGGCGGUCCGAGUCACCGGACUCCAAGAAGAGGCGCAUUCACAGAUGUGACUUCGAGGGCUGCAAUAAGGUUUACACCAAGAGCUCCCACCUGAAAGCACAUCGGAGGACACACACAGGUGAGAAGCCAUACAAAUGCACGUGGGAUGGCUGUACAUGGAAGUUUGCUCGCUCAGACGAGUUGACACGGCAUUAUCGGAAGCACACGGGGGUCAAGCCCUUCAAGUGUGCGGACUGCGACCGCAGCUUCUCACGCUCUGACCACCUGGCCCUGCACCGCCGCAGACACAUGCUGGUGUGAGCCUGGUCCACCUCACACACACAUUCUCUCUCCCAAACACACGCGCAUGCACGUCAGGCCGGGGGGAGCUGGGUUCUCCCCCUGCACUCGUUCAGCUGGGCUGGACAUGGUCAUGGGCAUACCGGACCCCAGGGACGAGACAGAAGAAAGACGGAAAAGGUAUGAAGGAUACAUGAUGGACAGAAAAGUGUCCAUAGUAUUCCCCAAAGGUGGAACAGGUCGGUCUUACAGGCUUGAGGUCAUAUUCAGGAUGUCUUGAACAUGGACAUACAGAGAUGUUCAGCACCUGCUUGCUGGUUUUUAAGUGAGAGUUCUUCUGUCUGCAGUUUGUUUUUCACAUUUUUUCAUUCAGCAUCAUUUUUUUGUUUGUUUUUUUUUUUUUAAACGGCUGCUUCUUUUCAUCAUCAACAAUGUGAAGAACUUCAGAAUGGAGUGGCUGAAUUCAUGCCUUCCUUUUCUGACCCAGGCUAGACCUGGGCUAGAGGGUGGAGCAGGUGCAGCCAAGUUCCUUCAGGAACAACGUUGUUGCAAACAGUGAUCUCCUGCUGAUGCUUCUGAAAGCCAUGGCACCUGUGCAGGGUUGAGGGGUCAUUUCCAUGUCAGCAGAGGAGGAACCCCGGGCAAGAAGGCCGGAGAUUUUUUUCAAUUUAUCAUAGGUCAGCAAACCAGCUAAUGAGAUUACUCACACAGCAGGCGACACAUCAGCAGACUUAUUCCCUGUUGUUGUAUUUUGGUUCCCCCCUGAUGUUGGUUUUACACCAAAAAAACUGAUUUUUGAAGCACAGGCGCUGAAGUGUACGGAGUUUGUGUGGCUUUAUGAACUCUUGGGCAGGCCUUACGACUCCGUUUGGUAACACUUCAGGUUUUCAGCCUUGUCAAUUCGUAUUGGUGCAUUCUGUUCUGUGAUAAGCGAGUUAAGUGCAAUUGUACACGAUUCAUAGAAUUUUCAGUAUAAGAUUAUUUUGCUUUUCUUUUUCUUUUUUCUUUUUUUUUUAGAACAAUGUACCCUUUCUGUAUAUUCUUGCUUUGAAACAGCUUUGAAUAGGAUGGGCCCCUGAAAUCAACAGUACAGCAGUAUGUUCAGCAGUAUUACUCAUUCAGUCACCCCAACAAAUGGUCUAAAGAGGAAGUGAAAUGUCAGAUGCAUCACUGACCUCUCCCAUGUUUGACUGGCGGGUUCAAUGCUCCAAUGUUCUUUGCCCAUCUUAUUUUUUUUUCUUGUUGUCUCCGAUAAAAAUCGGGGUAUAAAAAGGCAGACCAGUUCUGCUAAUGUGGGCCUUCAAUAGUGUGGUCUUUUUUUUUUUUUUUUUACUUGAACAGACAAUACAUGCCAGGAGAGCAAUACACUCACUCAAGAGCAACUGGGGAGUCUGCUCUGACAUCAGAGGGCUUUCAAAACAUGGACAAAUCUUUGGCUUUCUACCAGUGCCACUUGGUUUUCUAUACUGCAGAAUCUUCUAUAUUUGUAACAGAUUUGUAGCUCUGACAUGUUGGACAUUCUCAACCCCCAAUAGGACUGGAUUGCAUUUGAUAGACUAGAUUUUCUUUUUAAAAGUGUAAUUCGAUAUAUAGCACAGCAGAGUCUGCCCUUAUACUCUACUGAAUCAUGUGCAAUCAUGUACAAUAUUGCUGUAUGGAAUUUAAUUCAGAGUUUUGUUAGUAUUAAAAAGGGUCUUCUCACCAUAUUGUUAUGUAUUUGAAUGCAUUAAAUGGAAAAAUUCCAAAAAAUUCUGCAUAAAUCAAUUGCUGAGAUGUAAAAAAGUCAUUCAGAGUAGUUUGAGGUGAAAUUAAUCUCUCUGAAUCACUUUGUUUACGUCUUAGGAUUCAAUUAUGCAGAACCCUACAGAGGGAUUUCUGAAUUUUCAGAAACACCUUUUUAUUUUGGAAUUUCCCUUUAAAUGAUGCAUGUCCGUAUACUGAAAAUGACCUUUUAUUAGAACUGAACAGCAAUCCAGAUUGCAGAUGGAAUCAGAAUUCAGCCUCAUUCUCGUAAAACAAAAGCAGCCACUAGAGGGCAGUCAUUUCAAGGAAGUCCCUUAAAGAACAAUAUAGGCUAUAUAAAUGAUUCAAAAUAAAGAUCUAAUUUUAGAGAUUUAUAUGAUCUUAUUUGUCAGAGAGAUGAACAGUGAGGUGAUGAAGUAAUGAGUCGCAUAUUUUGAGCUGCCAGAAUUUGCGCUUGCCUUAACCAUUGAAGAUAAACACUAAGUGAAUAUCAAAGGCAAUAUAACAAAUAUAUCAAUUCUUUUGGUGUAAUGAUCCCAAAUACAGGCCAUUCUUAAAGGGGAAUUCCGCCAAUUUUUCAAAAUUUCUGUGCAAUUUGUUUGUUAAGAUGUAAACAGAGUCAUUCAGUGUGGUUUCCUGUAAAAUAGGUCAUUGUAGAAAAAUAUCGACUCAGACUUCUUUACAGUGGAGGUGAUAGGAAAUACAUCAAUAUCCUAUAAUAUCAUGUAAUAUCAAAACAACUAUUAAACCUACAUAUCUUAUGAGUUUUUGUAUGUAAUGUUGAUAAUAGUUAAAUAGUUAUAACAUUUUUUUAAUUGGGAAUAUUUUUAAGGAAUAUUUUUCCUUAGAACAUUCUGUAUGUAUCUCUUCAUGAAUACAUAUUAGGGCAAAAGUUUAUCUCAAAACUAACAUAAAACAGUAUUUAAGGUAUUAGACAACAGAUUUCUACCUAUUUUGUGUAAUAACUUUCUGCAAAGGAGUUGUUUACGAGGCAUUAUUUAGAUGUGUGGUUUCUAUCACCAGCGCUGUGAACAAUUCGGUUAUUCACACCAAACCACUCUGAAUGACUUUGUUUACAUCUUACCAGCUGAAAACGGAGGUAGAAUAGCCCUUUAAUUUAUUGGUCUAUCAUCCAUUGUACAGUUGGAUUGUUGUCAGAGAGUAGACUCUGUGUGAACGGCUCAUGCUUAGGUUUCUACUUCAGUUUUGUAGCUUUUUGUUCCUCCAGCAAUGCACUUUCAGAUGGCCAGUACAAGCCUCAGUGAUACAUUUUCAUACAAUCAGAUUCACACAUGAGCAGGUACACACACUUUUUUCAUGCGCACUGCUGUUGGAAUCUCCACAUCUAUCUUAUCUCAAAGAAAAAGAAGUUCAGUUUUGUGAAAAUGCUGUAAGAGGAAUGUGUCCAUUAGGUAAUGAACAUGACCAACCACGUCUCUUGCUCUUUGUGUUCUGAAGUAUUAUGAUCUGUUAUGUUUUUAUUUGUCGUUACGUAUCUGUUUGUGUACACAUGCGUGUUUCCUGUGGUAUAUGGGGUCGAGCGUAUCAUCAGCACCUUGUUUUUAUGAAGUAUGAAUAUGAAAUGGAUUACUUUCAGUUAGACAUGACAUUAAUCACCAGUGUAUCUUAUCAUCUUAAACUGUACUUUCUCGAGGAAUUUCUGCAAUGUGGGGCACUUCAUCUGCAUAUGACUAUUUUCUGUACAAAGAAGUCUUUUUUGAAAUGUUGUAAUAUAUGUGAAAGUGAAAGUUAUUACUCAGUUUUACAGGCUGUAAAUACCUAUUGAGGAUAGGUCCUUUUUAUUUGUUUUGUAAUACAAGGGAUUACCUUUAUACAUAUGCAGAUUUUUUUGCAGAGACCUUCAUGUACCUAUUGUUAAUGUAGAGUACAAUGGGGCUGUAUGAGCGAGUGUUUAAGGUCAUGUCAUCUUAAAUGCUCCAAUCCUUUAUGAUUGAUGUGAUGUGAUUAAACAAUCUAACGAAAUGCACAGUCAUGGUCCACACACAGUGUUCAGGAGCGGCCACCUCCGCCAAGGCCGUUCGCGUUCAGCCAUUUCUACUGCUCGAUUAUGCCUUUUUGUAACAGUGGUAUUUUGCUAAAUGUGAUCAAAAAGGAAAACAACCUUGUUCAAUGAAUGUUCCUCUCCAAACAGUAUUUGAGAGCCAUCAGCAUUGUUCCCUUUUUCUUUCUUUUUUUCUAAUUUUAGUUUGGUUUCAAAUGUUCUCAAAGGAAAGAGUUAUAAUUGAAUUUGGCAUCAUUUUAGCUCUUGUACAGAACAUAUGUCUGCUUGAGCUAAUACAGUCUGAGUCUAUAAUCAGUUUAUGGGUUUGGUUUAUAAAGAAAAUUCUUUAGCAUCGUCCACAGUUAAAGGAGAAUUUCAGUGUUUUUUUUUCAAGAUUUCUGUGUAAUUUUAGUGGUUGAGAUGUAAACAAGGUCAUUCAGAGUGGUUUGAUGUGAAAUGCUCCAGAAACUAGAAACUUACUAGUAGAAACUUACUGAAUUAGAUUUUCUAUACAAUAGUGUUGAUAGGAACCAGGAGUUGCAAAUAAAGCCAUUUUAUUUGCUACAUAAAAUGACCAGUGAACCUCCGUGUCUGUCGAGUUUUUAUAUGUAAUGUUGUUGGUAAAAAAGUUUUUUGUAGGGACGAUUUUGCCACACAACUCCCUGCAUGUACCUCUCCACCAUGAAUGUAUUUUUAAAAAAUGUGUUUUAGGCUAAAAACCAUCAUAAAACAAUGUCCCCCAUUAUCAGUACAGCUUUUUUUAGAGGCUUUAAAGACUUUGGACACCUGGUUCUUAUCACCACCACUGUGAGCAAUUCUGACUCUUAAUUUUAUCUAAGAAUUUUGCAUCAAACCUCUCUAACUGACCCUACGUCUUAACAACUUAACUAUGCAGAAAGAUUUGCCGGAGUUCACCUGUUACAUACUAGUUAACAAGAGUAUCAGUAAACAAUAACGUUUUCAAAGGAGUAUUAGCGACGUCCCAGUCUGGCAUUCUUGCAUUUUUUGUGGCAUAAUUUUGUAACGGCAAACAGGGUCAAAGUUAUGCAAUAAUGAAGAGUGCCUACUUUAUGAAUUGCUUACAAAAAGUGCACAGAAAGGCAACAAAAUGGUGCCGUGAACACAAAAGGGCAUCUGAUACCAAUAAACUUGUACUAGACACCCAAAUGCAGCGUACGAUGUAGAGUACAGUACAAAGCCUAUUUGUAAUGCACUGAGCCUUAUGGAUUGUUCGAAGAUGACAUCUUUAGCUAAAGCUGUGAACACCCACCCAUUUAUCACAUUGUUGAGCAAUGCUGUAUAUGUCUUCUGAGGAAGCUACACAGAUUUGGAUGGAUAUACUAUUACUACAACUAAAGGACACAGUUUCUCCAUUAUUAGCGAUUCCUUUUUACCUCUUUGCUAUAAUACCGAUGAAUUUCACGACUUUCAACAGUUUCAGGCCUCCCUUGUGGCUGGGUGUAGAAUAAUUUGGUGCCUGUCGUCCUCACAAGUUUCUUCUGUGAGUACAAAGAGUUUGGGUACAGCACGAACCUUUGGUAAUUCCUAUGUGAAAAGCUUGAUUCUUACUUGUAUUCAAUUUAGUCUGUACAAUAUUGCUUCUGUUUCAGUAUCAACUCUUUUUUAUUUCUCUGCAAUCUAAAUAUUUACUUAAAUGCCUUGGUUUUCCAGUUUUUUUUUUCUCCCUGAUAUUCCGUGAUUAUUGUUCUUGUAUUUAUGUAUAGUGUGUGUGUGUGUAUUGUAAAUAUAUUCAGAGCUUUUCAUUUUAAUGCAAAGUUGUGACAUUUUGCCCCGCUACGCUUCAAAGGGAGUCCCUUCACACUGAAUCCUAUCAGAGGAAGUCUUGUUUCAGUCGUUUCACAGGUUGAAAGAACAAGUGUUUCUUCUUUUGUUUGAGUUCUGCAGAAGGUGUCUAAAUAUUCUGUGCUUUUGCUUUUCUCUGUAGUUUCUUUUUUUUCCCUAAAGAUUGAGCUGUGAAUUAAAAAUUUGAGUUUUAACAUUAUACUUGUAUGAUAAUCUAAUCGGAGGCAUGAAAGUUAAUAAAGUUGCAUUUUGUAUGGAG